AUGAUAUUCGUGGUAAAUGGAGCGCUGGUCGGGUUUACGGUUGCGUUGGCUCCGAUUAGUAUUCAGCUUAUGGGGUGGAGGGGAGCUAUGGGUCAGAGUGCUGCUAUUCAUGGUACAUUCCCCUAUCUAUUAGUCCGAAAGGGGAGGGAUAAUAUAUUAAGCAAGGCUGAUGAACGAAUUGGUGGAAAUAGAGGAGCGACUUAUUUCUUCGGCGGCAUGCUAUUGAUUAUCUCCGGACUGCUCGAGUUCUUCCCGGUGAACACUUUCCCGUGUGUGGUGUUCUUUGGAUAUGGAGGGCAUUUCUUGACUUUCGGCGCCACUUUCCAACCAUUUCACAACGCCGUAGCAACUUAUACAUCCGAUGGCACACAAGAUCUUACCCCCGGCUUUGGUACCUUCCUCCCCUUUCUUUGCAUUUCCCCACCACAUCCCACAUCCACACACCCCCCGCCCUUCCAACUCCUCCUCUACAUCCACCUCCAUCCACACACCAACACAACCCCAUCACAGAAUCCUCAUUCGCCUUCUACUCCAUCUUCAUGUCCGUCCUCUCCCUCAUCUACCUCGUCUGCUCCGUCUGAUCGCUCCGCACAAACCUAA